UACAAUUUAUGAUUAUUUUCUAAGCUGAUAAUUUGAUUUUAUCGCAAAAUAUGGAGUAGUACAAUCUAUAUCACUAUUGAUAAACACAGAGAUGUUGAAUUUAGUCCAGUAUACUUGUUAGAGUUGGAGCAAGAUGGUAACAUUAUCAGUUAUAAGUAUUUUGUUACUAUUUAGUUUUACUUCAGCUGGUAAAAAUGAUGUCUACGAAGGUUUUACAGUUCAUGGGAUAAAACUACGUGAACAAUCAGAAGUAACUAUUCUUCGUGAAGUUGUUGCAAUUCUCGAUUUAGACGUUUGGUCUCAUGGAGCUGUGGGUUUACGUGAUGCUGUCGUGAUGGUUUCAAAGGAGAAUGAAUCUAAGCUCCUUGAUUAUUUGGAUGAAAAUGGAAUACAUCACUACGUUCAUUUAGCAGAUGUUGUUAAAGCACUAGAUGAGCAUGAUGAAGCGGUAUCUAAUUGGAAACGACGGAGAAACGGAAAAAUGGUCCCUUUCGAAGAUUAUCCUACUUACGAAGAGGUAAAAUUUAUUCUAACUUUAGUGGUAAAUGAUUAUAUGGAAAGACUUGCAACAAAGUAUCCAAAUUUAGUGACUCUUGUGAACGCUGGACCAAGUUUUGAAGGACGCGAUGUUAAAUAUUUAAAGAUAUCCACCACCAAUUUCACGGAUUCCAGUAAGCCUAUAUACUUUAUGGACGCGACAAUGCACUCUCGCGAAUGGGUGACAACUCCAGUCACCCUAUACGCUAUGCAUAGACUGCUAGAGGACUUGAGGAGCGACGAGCAUGAUCUACUGGAGACAGUUGACUGGAUUAUAAUGCCAAUCGUCAAUCCUGACGGUUACGUAUACACACACACUGAUGAACGUCUAUGGAGACGAACUCGUUCAUACAGACCAGAGAUCAGUACUUGUUACGGAGUCGACGCUAAUCGGAACUUCAACAUUUCCUUCAACACUAUCGGCGUAUCUUCUAACCCUUGUUCAGAUAUCUACCCUGGACCUGCACCCUUCUCUGAAAUCGAAGCUGUAUACAUCCGAGAUAUAGUAUUCGAACAUCUCGAUCGUAUUCAAGUAUAUUUAAACAUCCAUAGUUAUGGUAAUUUCAUUCUUUUUGGGUUUGAUGAUUUGACUCUACCUCCUAACGCAGUAGAACUACAUUACGUCGGUGCUGUGAUGGGUGCAGCCAUAGACACGGUGAAGUUACCAAUAGCUCCCCACUAUUUGGUAGGAAACAGUGCUUAUCUCCUAUAUCCGGUAUCUGGAAGUGCACAAGAUUAUGUUCAGUACGUUGGAGUUCCGUACGCCUACACUUUGGAACUCCCAGAGUUUUUGAGAUACGACUUCCGAGUUCCACCUGAGUACAUAGAGCAGAUAAACAUAGAGACUUGGAGGGGGAUUGCUGCCUCUGCUCGUGCCAGCACAUUAUUCUAUACACGACGACAUAAUUCUGUAUAAUAACUUUAUAUUGACGUUUAAGAAAGCCUAAUUCUUGUUAUUUAGUGUUACUUAUUGUUUUGUGAAAUAUAGAAAUAAAGGAAAUGUGUGUUAUUUGUUGAUUUACAAGUAAAU